AUGUCAAUUCCUGAUACAUCUCCCGUCGUGGAGAACGUGACGAAGCUGGUGGACACGUCAAAAACUCCUGCUGACGUAGCCCUUGAAGUCGAGCCAACUUCCUCUCAAAAUGAUGAGGUAACCAAGAAGAAACCCACUCUCGCUGAUAUGAAGCCCGACCCGGCCUUGUCUCCUCAUCUGCCUGUGUUCACCCUCGAAAAGGCCUUCGAAAAUGCGUUCGAGAAUCCUGCGUUUGACCCGAUUCUCCAUUCGCCUAAGAUCGAUAUCGAUCCACAGCUAAACAGUUCUGCCAGUCCUCUCCCCAGGAUGCCAGGCACAUAUAAUUUCACCGAGUUGGCCGAAGAGAGUCCUGCUCACGUCGCUGGCGAGGACGCCCCCUCUUCUCCUCCUCUUUCUUCUUCUUCUCCUUCUCCCCCUGCCUCAGUUCCCGAAAAGGAUGUUGUAAAGAUUCAAUCACACGACUCAGAUGAUGGCGUUGUCGAAGUGUCUUUGUCUACAUUCAAAUCGGAUGUCGAACUUCCCGCUAAGCCUACGCAAGGUGAAACCCAUCCUGUUGAAGAUACUCAUCUCUCAUCUGACGAAACAGAGGUAACGGCAAAGGCCAAAGUAUUGAGUUCUGAUGUACCUUCUAGUACAUCUUCAAAAAGCCUUUUGCAGGAAGUUGAGGUGCCAUAUGGGCAGUCUGACCUUCCCUCACCCACUGAUCCAGAAUCGUUUGAGGUGCCUGUGCGAGGUGACCUUCUAAACGGAAAAGUGGCGCUUUCGAAUAGUCCCUAUCUCACAACUCCUGAAAUUGCGUCAUACAAGCCGGUCCUAGACCCUGGUAAGCCUCUUGCCGAGACACAUAACUCUAUCGAGCUAGAUCAAUAUCUCAAUUCAAAUGAGCGUGGAUCUGCUUUCCUGGUAUCAUCAGCAAGUCCUUCUGAGCUCAGUAAAAGAAAUGAACAAACAGAUUCAGAAAAAGGCCGUACCAAUGACGAUCUUAGUGCCGAUUUCAACAGGGACAUGGACAUAAGCCAUUCUACCGCUUUGGAAGCUCCGCUAGGUGGUUUGAGCAUCCAUAAUUUGGAUCCGUCAUUUGGUGGUUUUGAAGGAAGGCGUGCAGCUUCUACUCUGACUGUAGUUCGAAAUCCCACAAGGCCUUUCGUUGCCACGUCUGCUACUGAAGACAUAUUUCUGCCUCCGAGACCUCAGAUGGCCGCGGUGACCCCAACGUCGCAGCAAAGAAACGUCUUUCAAAUGAGUCCCUCUUCAAAUAUGAAUACCGGAAAAUUCUCUCCAAUUUUGAAGUCGUCGAAUGGCAAGAAAAGCAGCCGAGUUAAAGGCGUUUUCACCUCGAUGUUCGGUAAAUCCAAGAGCUCCUCGAGUUCUGGAAAUCCUGCCUCUCCAGAACUCAAUAUGAAAAUCAGUACUCCAUUUAAUGCCAAGCACGUUGCACACGUUGGCGUUGAUCUGGACGGCCUUUACACUGGUUUACCUAUUGAAUGGGAAAGACUAUUGAGUGCAAGCGGUAUUUCCAGAAAAGAGCAAGAACAACACCCUCAAGCCGUGAUGGACAUCGUUGCUUUCUAUCAAGAUUCUAAUGAAAAUGCUGAUGACAAUGCAUUCAAAAAAUUCAAGCAAACACAAUAUCAACAACAAGGUAAUUCUGCCCAGACAGCUAGUCGCUUUAAUACUUCAGCCAGCUCGCUUCCGCAUUCUACUCCUCCUUCAACUCCAACUAUUUCAGGCAGCUUUGAACUAAAUGAUAGCGGAUCUCCUCUUUCAACACCAAUCUCGCAUCCUCCGAUGACUCCUUCCCUUCAUGGCGGACAAACAGUGAGCACUCCAAAAACUGGACCCACAGUCGAAAAACAGUACAUUCCUAGUAGGCCAGCUCCUAAACCCCCAAGCACACCUGGUUUGGAUAGAUCAUCUUCAAGAAAUGCGGAUGAUGGUCAUUCCAUCAAAGUAAAGAAGAACUCAAUCAAAAGGGAGGAUAGAAAUGGUCCAAGCCACUCGUUAUUUAGACCUAGCGGCCCACCUCCAACGGCCAGCAUUCCUAAAUCGCGCUCCCACAGCAGUUCUCUUACAACAAAGGCUCACAAACAACCCAAGGGUGCAACUACUGCUCCCAUCAGUGGAGUUGCUAAAUUCAGUAGCAGCGAGUUCAAGUCUCACAGACCUCCUCCCCCUCCUCCACCUUCUUCCAAUAACGCGCAGAGUUCCCUGGUUCAAUCUUCGCCUCUAAUUGAUUCUAAGACAAAGCAAGACAUAGAUAAACAGAAGCAGCCCGAAGAAUCGACGCACAAGUCUGUUGACCCAAAGAAUCAACCAACUAGAGAUCCAAAAGUCGCAGCUCUUCUCGCACAGAAAAAGCGUGAAGACAAGAAACGCAAGCACCUUCAAAUCGUGGCAAAAUUACAGCUGAUUUGUACUCCAGGCAAUCCUAAGGAAUAUUACACCAAUCUUCAAAAAAUUGGUCAAGGUGCUUCGGGAGGUGUCUACAUCGCUAGAUCUGUCCUUACCGAUGGAGUUGUGGCUAUCAAACAAAUGAAUCUCGAGGAGCAACCCAAGAAAGAGUUAAUCAUUAACGAGAUUUUGGUUAUGAAGGACAGUAAACAUCCUAACAUUGUCAAUUUUAUCGAUUCUUAUCUCUUGAAAGGGGAGUUAUGGGUUGUUAUGGAGUACAUGGAAGGUGGCUCAUUGACAGAGAUUGUAACACACAGUGUUAUGACAGAAGGCCAAAUUGGAGCCGUUUGUCGCGAAACUCUCAAGGGUUUGCAGUUCUUGCAUAGCAAGGGUGUGAUUCACAGGGAUAUAAAGUCUGACAAUAUCUUGCUCAACACUGAGGGAAAUAUUAAGAUGACAGAUUUCGGCUUCUGUGCCCAAAUUAAUGAGUUGAAUUUGAAAAGAACUACCAUGGUGGGAACACCAUACUGGAUGGCUCCAGAAGUCGUUUCUAGGAAGGAGUACGGCCCUAAGGUCGACAUAUGGUCCCUUGGUAUCAUGGCUAUUGAAAUGAUUGAAGGCGAACCUCCUUAUCUCAAUGAAACUCCUCUCAGAGCCCUUUAUUUAAUUGCCACAAACGGAACCCCAACUUUGAAAGAACCUCAAGCUCUCAGUUACGAGAUGAAGAAAUUUUUGGCUCUCUGUUUACAAGUGGAACCACAAAAGAGAGCAAACGCUCUGCAGUUAUUGCAAGAUCGAUUCAUCUUAGAAAGCGAUAACGUUGCCUCUUUGGCGCCAUUGGUUAAGAUUGCCACGAUGAAGAAAGCAAACGAGAUGAACGAAGGUAAUUAA